AUGUCGGGGCAUCGUCGAGCCCUGCUGAUGAUAAUAACAUUACUAUCUGGUUGUCUCAUUUUGGCUGACGGUUAUUUAGAUAUCGAAGUUUGGGCGAGUCCAGGGGAGCCAGCAGCUCUAACAUGCGGCCUGCUGGGAUCUUUCACUAACUUUGGGUGGCGAAAAGUCGCCGGGCAGCCGACAAGCGAAGAGAACUUAAGGAAACUCACCAAAACUUGGCGCUUCAACGAGACGUAUUCAAGAAUGGGUCUAUAUUUUACAAACGUCUCGGAAGAAGACGACGGAUCUUACGAAUGCUGGGCAAAAGAUCACACAAACUUGACUAAACGCAGUGAGCGUAAAUUUGUUGUCCAUCCCGUGGUAUCAUUAGAGCAGAUUUCUGUCGCUGCUUUGGAUGCAAGUAGGAUUGGUGUCACAUGGAGUUUCUUAGGCUUUCUAGGCAGUCAAUAUGAGAAGUUUGGCAUAGAAAUCCAGAAAAACGGUUCACUUGAAUGGCAUCUAGUGUAUGCAAGAACGACUCCCACCUUCGAUCGUGUCUUUGUUGCAACAGCGUGUAAUCCAGACACAGCCUACUGGUUUAAAUUUACUCUGAUAUUCAAAGCAAACAUUGGGAUACAUGUCUUUUCGAGGUGGACAAAGACUUCUAAGAAAGGUAUAAGUAUAGCAGAUUCUGUGUUAUCGUAAUCUUAUACUCUGGGGUAAACUGCUCUCAGAAACUGUGCUUAUUUUUUGCAUCCGAAAUCGUUUCAAAGAUUUCCUAUUGUUCCGCAAAAGAAAAGGCGACGACUACAGCGAGUAAAAGUAAUUGUUAGGCAUGGGAAAAGAAUAUUGU